AAUACUUUCAGCUGUUUUGGAGCAUGUUAUUAAUUUAAAAGACUUUAUCGCCAAAUAUUUUUAAGUUAUUUUAUAAAUACUUUGGAAAAUAAUUUUAAAAAUGUUUUUAAAUAUUAUUACAAAGCAAAAGUUUACACUCGUUAUUCGCGUUUACCAAAAGUGUAUACCUAAUGUACACAGUGUUAGAUUUAAUAUAUUUUCUUACCAAAAAAUUGGGUACUGUAAACAUUUGAAUGGGCGGUUUAUUCAUAAAAAUAUUUCGUCAGAUAAAAAUGUGUCCAAACCAACAAUAAAAGUUACUAACCCAACUGAUGUGGUUAAAAAUACUGGUGAACCAUUCAUUGAUAAUGAUACAGAAGCAACACAUGUCAAAUUCAAAACAUUGUUAUAUGAUGAAAACGAGGAUGAAAUUAUUGCCGAGCUUAAUGCUUGUAAGGAUGCAACCCAAUUGAUGGAGUUCAUAAAAGAAUACCGUGAAAGAUUUAAUAGCAACCAUUUCGUUCAGUCGGUUUUGGUUUUUAAAGAUAUUUUUCAAGACUAUAAGAAUAACUUAGUUUCAAAAGAGUUAUUAGAAAUAUUAUUAAAUGGUUUGGAGCCUCAUCUAAAGUCAAUAAAUAUUACAGAACAAAGUUGUUGUUACCUCUGCCUGCGUAAAUUUGAAGUUCCUAACACUAAUUUGGUUAUGCAGCAGCUGCUCUUGGUUGCACUAAAUAACAUUCUUAUUACGUCACCAGAUAAACCAAUUGCAUUACCAGCUUUAUCUCGACUAGCAGUUGGUAUUAACAUUGGCAAUGAUUUCCACGUACCUACGGUUUGUAGCUCAUUUAUUCCACAUAUAAUGUCCCAUAUGGAAAAAUGUGAUAAUGAGGAAGACUUACGACUUCUUUCAAUAUGCAUUAUAAAUCUCCAGCCAUUGAUUACCGCUGAUAUUAUGGAAAAAUUUAAGACAAAAGUAGAAGUUUUAAUUAGAAAUAAUGUAAUUAACGCAGAAACACCAAGAACGGCAAUAAAAUUACUGAAUUUAUUAAAUAUUUCAAAGUGGUCACAAAAAAAUGUUCAACUUAUACGACAGCUUUUAUUGUUACUACAACCAAGUUAUACAAGUCUUAGUAUAACGGAUCUUAAAACAAUAAGCAGAAUUUUUGGUUACCACUUGGAGCCAUCAGCUUUAAUUAAUCCACUUAGCAAAUUGAUGAAAGAUUCGAUUAAAAAGCACCAAACGGUUGAUGUACUCGCCGCCUACUUACCGUUUAUAGAGCCGCGUUGGAGGGAGUCAACAAUUGAAAUUUGUAAAAAUUUGCUUUCUGCUCAAGAAAAAAUACCAACUCCAUAUCCUGCUGCCGAUUAUUUUCAAAUAAUUCGUGCUUUGAAAAUAGCAGAUUCAAAAAUAUGUGAUGCAUAUUGGGCUAAUAUUUUAAAAUCUUUGGAUAUGAAUGAUGAAGAGAAUACACAUCUUCGGUUCCUAAGGCAUUGUCAUCGAUAUAUGCAUUUUAAUAAUAAUUUGGGAGGAACGUAUCGAUUCAUUCCGCUCGAAAGGCGUCUCUCCCAAAUGGCUAUGGAAUUGAUAGAAAGUGAUGUAUCUGGACGAUUACCCUCUAAGUUUGCGCGUUUAGCAUCUUUUGUGUUAGCAUAUGGUCAUACACCUUUUGGAUGGAAAAAGUUUCCUAACGUUAUACUUUCCAAGAUUAUAUCGAUGUCAAGUCAAUUCAGCACUAUAGAUUGUUUUUUUCUCAGUCGUGGCAUUCAUAUUGCUUUGGAAUUGCGAUUUCGUAACACUACCUCACCCUUAUUGGGGAUGCAACUAUCUACUAUAGAUAGCGUACUAACCGAUUGCAUUGGCCGCCAUUUGGAGAACAAGGACUUGGCAAUAUUUGAUUUAAACACUAUAGUAAGGACACUAGGAUAUAGAAAAUCUUUGAAACAUAAAACAAUUUAUCAAGAAGCCUUAGACCGCUACAAUCAACUUGAUUAUAGUGAAAUUAAUUCACGUAUAAUUCGGGAAAUGACAUACAAUUUCAAUAUAUCAAACUGUAUAGUACCUACUGCUAUGGAAGCAAUGUUUACAUACAUUGAAGAUAAUCAUAGACACGUAAUUGGCGAAACUGUGGAAAAAGUUUUAAGUUGUGCAUAUAAUUUGGGUUAUAUUCCACAAUCUGAAGCUGUAUUUAAUAGCGCUGCAUUUAUUUUGAAACGAGACUUCGGAAACAUGAGUGGAUUGUCGAUUGUUCAAGCAUGUCUGGCACUGUGCUACUAUAAAUCGAUUCCAGAAGAUCUUAUUGACAAAGUGUUUUGUGUAAAAUUUAUUCAACGAAUAGAAGAGGAGAUUCACAUGUGUUACUCCAAGGCGACUUAUCCCGAACGGGUACUUAACUUAAUAAUGCAGUUGAAUCGCACAGUGUGUCUGGAUUAUCCGGAGGCGAAUGUACCAUGGUUUCAACAAAACUACAUAGAAGCUCAACUCAGUAAAAAGCCUAAAUCUCGUAGCAAAUUUGGCGAUGAUGUUAAAAAUCUUCUGGGUGCGGUUUUUAGUGACGAUAGUUUCUUCAGUUGUAAUCACAUUACACCUUAUGGAUAUCAAAUUGAUUUUGUAAUUCAUUUCAACAAAAACCGUGAGCCUAUACCUGCUCCAGCAGAAACUACAAUAUUAGAUCGCAUAACAAAAGUUGCAAUAUUGCUGUUGCGGCUAGAUUCUUUUUGUGAAAAUGAUCUGACGGCAUUGCGAGGACCUGAACACCUUAAAACAAAACAUUUAGAAAUGAUGGGUUACAAAGUGGUCCAUAUUAAUGAGCAUGAUUGGAACACAAGAUACAUGAAUUCUUCUGAAACCAAAACAAAUUACCUAAAAUAUCUCCUACAGAUAUAAACAAGUCUAAUAAAUUGUGUACAUAUGUAUAUACCUAUGUAAUUAAAUCGUUAAUUAAUUUUUUUGUUAUGUACAUGUGAUUAGUAAAAAAAUAAAUUGUUAUUUAAGUUCAAUAGGA